UGUCCGGCUUCACGACGCCUGGAUCAAUAGAUGUGGCUUUUUAGCAGUACAAAAAAAACAAAAAAACAAAAAGGCUAGCAUGGGAGCUACGGUUUGUUAACGGUGAUGUUAACGAACGUCCCUGCCGCUGUGCGUGGCUGUGAGUUCAGCUAACGAUUGCAUCACUGGCCGCAGUCCGGGGAAGGGAUUCAGCAGCCCUGCUAACGACUGAAGCCCAGCCCGGCUAGCGUACGCUGAUGACUCUCAGUUUCCUCGCAUCGGUCUGCAGUGGGAGGCACCAUGGCCGGUAAGGUGAAGUGGGUGACAGACAUUGAAAAAUCAGUGCUCAUCAACAACUUUGAGAAAAGGGAAUGGAUUCCAGUCACAGAAAACGAGGACUGGAAUUUCUACUGGAUGAGCAUCCAGACCAUCAGGAAUGUGUUCAGCGUGGACACCGGCUACCGCCUGUCAGAUGAGCAGAUGGUUAACCACUUCCCCAACCACUAUGAGCUGACCAGGAAGGACCUGAUGAUCAAGAACAUCAAACGCUACCGCAAGGAGCUGGAGAAGGAAGGCAGCCCGCUGGCAGAGAAGGACGAGAACGGAAAAUACAUUUAUCUAGAUUUUGUCCCUGUGACGUUCAUGCUCCCGGCCGACUACAAUUUGUUCGUGGAGGAGUUUCGUAAGAAUCCGUCCAGCACCUGGAUCAUGAAGCCCUGUGGGAAGGCCCAGGGCAAAGGAAUCUUCCUCAUCAACAAACUGUCCCAGAUCAAAAAGUGGUCCAGAGACAGCCGCACCUCCACGUUUGUAGCAGCCUCUAGUGGUAAGGAAGCGUACGUCAUCUCCCUGUACAUUGACAAUCCUCUGCUGAUAGGAGGGAAGAAGUUCGACCUGCGCCUCUACGUCUUGGUGACCACCUAUCGGCCUCUGAAGUGCUACAUGUACAAGCUGGGCUUCUGUCGGUUCUGCACAGUGAAGUACACCCCCAGCACUAGUGAACUGGAUAACAUGUUUGUUCACCUCACUAACGUGGCCAUCCAAAAACAUGGGGAUGACUACAACCACGUUCAUGGAGGCAAGUGGACGGUCAGUAACCUCCGUUUGUACCUAGAGAGCACCAGAGGAAAGGAGGUGACCAGCCGACUGUUUGACCAGAUCCACUGGAUUGUGGUGCAGUCCCUGAAGGCCGUGGCUCCUGUGAUGAACAACGACAAGCACUGCUUUGAAUGUUACGGGUAUGACAUCAUUAUCGAUGACAAGCUGAAGCCGUGGCUUAUCGAGGUCAAUGCCUCUCCCUCGCUGACCUCCAGCACGGCCAACGACCGCAUCCUGAAGUACAACCUCAUCAACGACACCCUCAACAUUGUCACGCCCAACGGGGACAUCCCGGACUGCCGCUGGAAUCGCAGCCCACCCCGAGAGGCUCUGGGCAACUAUCAAGUUCUGUACGACGAGGAGCAGGCGCAGAGUGAGAAUGCCGAGCGCGACCUGCGGAGCCGCUCGGGUCACUCGGUGGGGUCAAAGGGCGCCAAGGGGAGCGCGGGCAUGCGCCCCGCUGCUGCCACCUGGAAGUGAGGUGAUAUUGCUGACUCUAAAUGAUCUCCUGUGCAAUAUUACAAGGUCCACCAGUGGGGCAAGGGGGAUUUAAAAAAAGGGCCGUCCAGACUUUUUUUAGCCCAACUAUCCAAUGGAGGACUGCUCUCUCUCUCUCUCUCUCUCUCUCUCUCUCUCUCUCUCUCUCUCUCUCUCCACAUUUCACUGACUGAGGCACAGGGGGCAAUAACCCUACUGCCGAAGGGGAGAGAAAUCAACGAUGGGGUAAUAUUUGGAGAGUUUAAAGGCCAGAGUUUGUGGCCGUUUGUAUGAACGUGUAAACGAAAACGUGGAGGUUAUGUGGGUAUGAGGGUCAAGUCCGGGGGUAUGGAGAAAAAAAGAGUGAGAGAAAAGAGAUCUAACAAAUAAAAUAGGUAUAAAGAUAUGAUUUAUGGAUGGACAGUUGAUAGAUAGAAUUAGCAGAAUUAAAUGUAUAACAACCCCAAAAAUAGAAAUGAAUAAUGAUUUUUAUAUGUUCAUGAUCAGUAUGUUUAUGCAGGGCGGGGGUUCAUUAAAGUUGAUUCUAUUCAGUGCUGAACCCUGUUGCACUUUUUCACUUUAUUUACUUCACUGGUAUCCCGUGUUGCAUUUUGAGUUGGACUGCUGACGUCAUAUCUGCUGCACAUGUUCAAAUCUAACUUAAAAUAAUAUUCCUGCAGCUUUCCCGCAGCUACUGACAUGUUGAACCGCUGAUGAUGAAUAAACACCCACAUUUUAAAUUCACUAAUGGAGGGCUGAACAGUGUGGGCAAAAAAAGGAAACAAAAAAACAUUGUGACAUUUCAUUUUCCUCUGGGUAAGUUGCAGUAUUUUAUGUUGCAUACUCACCGUGAACAUUAAGCAUUUAACUUCUGUUGAAUUUAUAACUAAAGCACAGAUUACAGAGAUUCUGCAUAAGAUAGGGCAGUUGUUGACUUUGAUUAACACUUUGCUUAAAAAAAAAA